CCGGUAACAUGACAUGAGAGUUUCCACAUGGAUGUUUGUGUGCUUCGGCUCACCCUAAACUGAAGUGCUUAAAAUGGAGGACAAAGCCAGAGCUCUCCACUGCGGCGUUGACGGAGGAGAUGUGUCUUCUCUCCCCUAACCAUCCAAAACGACACCGUACUGCCUACAAUGUUCCUCUUUCGAAAAUUCAACGUUCAUAGCCUCAUCCUUAAACCCUGGCAAAACCCUAGGUUCCUGAGCACGAAGAAGAAACCCCCGAAAUCCGGUACCAAAUUCAUCGGAAAAGCCGCCCUCAAAGAAGCCCAAGCCGCACUUCUCGAGUACCUCCACUCCACACGAAGCCUCAACAUCGUCGACGCCGAAAACAUGUGCAGAAACUCACCCUCCUUCCUCCACGACCUCCUCGCCAAAUCCCAAUCCCAAACCCUAACGCGGCACGUCGACAACAACAACAACAACAACAGCAGCAGCAGCAGCAGCACCACCACCACCACCAAACGCUCCAUCUCGCGCUACCUCCGCUACCACCCCAUCAACGAGUUCGAGCCCUUCUUCGAGAGCGCCGGCCUCACCCCUCCCGAGUACGCGCCCUUUCUCCCGCGCGACAUGAUUUACCUAAACGACGACGCUUUGCUCAUGGAGAAUUACCAUGCCCUCUGCAAUUACGGCGUUCCCCGCACCAAGAUGGGGAGGCUUUUCAAAUUGACGCCUCAGUUGUUUCGUUACAAACCCGGCGUUUUGAUCUCGAAGCUUCGGGAUUACGAAAAGCUCGGUGUUGCGCGGAGGACUUUGGCGUGUGUGGUUGCUUCUAGCCCCUGCAUUUUGGUUGGGGGUGUUGAUGUUGGUUUUGUUAAGGUUGUGGAGAAGUUGAAGGGUGUUGUUGGAAAGGAUGUUGAUUGGAUUGGGGAGAAUUUGUUGGAUAUGUUGAGCGAUCAGGGUUGUUGUGAUUGGAGGAUAGUGCUUCAUGUUUUGUGUUUGCUUGAUAGGGUUUAUAGUGAGGAACAGUUGGGCGAUUUUUUCAUUCGUCACCCUAGUGUUGUUUUUGAGGACUCUGGAGGAAGUGUGUUGUCUCUGAUUAACUUUUUGUUUAAAUUUGGGUUGUCUCUGGACCAGGUUUCUCUCAUGCUUCUCGAGUUUCCAAAGAUUCGGGUCACGAAGUUUUUGUCCAACUUGAGGCAGUGUUUUCUGUUCUUGACCGAGAUUGAGAUGGAGGCAUUGGAGAUUGGGGAGAUUUUGCAGUCUCAGUGCUUGGUGUUGGGUUCCUUCACUUUGAAGAAAACGAUUACUUUGCUUACUAACUUGAAUGCUGGCAAGAAGCGGUUGUGUAGAGUUGUGAGGGAUGAUCCUCUGGUAAUGAAGAGUUGGGCUCUGGGAAGGAGGAUUCAGCCUUUCGUGAACUCAUAUUUGGAGUAUGAAUCAAAGGAGCAGAAGAAGAAGUUCAUGCUCAAGUUGGGGUAUGUGGAGAACUCAAAGAAGAUGAAUGAGACGAUUAGGUUGUUCAGAGGUAAGGGAGCUGAGCUUGAGGAGAGACUUGAUUUUAUUGUUAAGGCUGGGUUGGAUUAUGAGGUUGUCUGUAAGAUGAUUCGAGAUUCCCCGCGGAUUCUUAAUCAGACAACCGAUAGGAUCAACAUGAAAAUUGAGAAUCUUGUGAGUUUAGGAUAUUCUAUAUCGGAUUUAGCUAGUUUUCCUUCAUUUCUUUCCUAUUCACCUCGAAGGGUUAAGCUUCGGUUUUUGAUGUAUGAUUGGCUCAAAGAGCAUGGAGCUGUAGAAGCGGGGCUUGCUUUGAGCACUAUAAUUGCAUGCUCUGAUAAAGCGUUUGAGAAGCUGUAUGUGAAGCGCCAUCCAUCUGGCCUUCAAGUUUGGCAGGAUUUGAAGGCACAGAUUUCUUCUAAGUUUUAGUUGUUUGAAGAAAUCCUCCACUUCAAUUGGUAUUUUUUGUCUAAAGCAAACAUGAGAUAAUAAAUCCAGUCUUUCACUGAGAUUUAAUCACUUCUGAUGUGAAUAAUAUUGGGUGAAUGUGGCAUCUGUUUGUGGUUCAGAUAAUUGUGCAUCCCCUACUUUUACUGCAAGUUGACUUGUAGAUAUGGUGUGCACAUUGCAGAUAGCCAAUUGAAGAUCAGAUAUGUUAGCAGGCAUCGCAUUGACAUGAAACCAUCAUGGACAACUAGAAUACGGGUUUUCAUGAUCUAACACCAUGGGUUAUUGCUGAUUGCAGAUAUUUAUGACAUGGCUUGUAGGUGGAAGAAUGUUGACUAGAAUAGAUAGAUCAUUUGUUAUCAAAAUCACCUUCUUACCCGCUUACCCCAGUUACAUUGUAGAUCACUUCCUAGGAUAUGAUUUUCUAGUAUAACUAGAUGUCUAGGUAUGUUCUUCAAGUAUGAACCACACAGCGAAUGGAACUGGUGAGAGUGAGAAACUCUAUUUAUUUUUCAAUUGAAAAUUAGAUGACCUGGUUUGUUGGGUUGAAAGCUAUCAAUUUGUUAACUUGAUUUUUUUUUCUAACCUAAGUUGUUAAGAGGAACAGACAUUCUCUUUGCAGUUCGGCAUUAUGUAAUAAUUCGCCUUUGAAAUCACACAUUUUUUUAUUAG